AUGGUCAAGUCAUAUCUCAAAUUCGAGCACAGCAAGACCUUCGGCCAGAUCUGUACAGCCUCCGCGAACGUUGUCUGGGACCCAACCUCUGAGCAUGAGGGUAGAGGGGGUGCCGGUCGUGCCUAUGUAGGUGCCAACGAGGCAGUUCUGGUAUGGGAUCUCAAGACGUCAGAAAAAGUUGGAGUAUGGAACAUCGAGGACAAUAAUGCUGUUGUCACCGUCAUCUGCCGGAGUCAGGUCGACCCUGAUGUGUUUGCAGUGGGCUACGACGAUGGCAAGAUUCGAAUAUGGGACUCGAGAACAGCAACGGUGAUCAUCACUUUCAACGGACACCGGAGAGCGAUAACACAACUCAACUUUGAUCACUCUGGAGUUCGUCUAGCCAGCGGAUCAAAGGACACCGACGUUAUCCUCUGGGAUUUGGUCGCCGAGGUGGGGUUGUAUCGUCUUCGUGGCCACAAGGAUCAAAUUACUUCCCUUAAUUUCCUUACUGCUGUCGAUGCCCAAGACGCCCUCGACAAUGACUCAACAUCUCAUGAUUUCCUCCUCUCUACCAGCAAAGACGCCCUGAUUAAAGUGUGGGACUUGUCUACCCAGCACUGUAUCGAGACGCAUGUCACACAAACGAAUGGAGAAUGUUGGGCUCUCGGGCUGAUGAUUGGCGACAGCGGUUGCAUUACAGCGGGAAACGACGGCGAGUUGAAAGUGUGGUCGAUCAACGACGCUGUCUUAAAACAGAAAACGGGAAUGAACAUACCAGAAGGACAAAAUGUCCUGCGGGAACAAGGGACGCUCUAUCGCCACGGCCGCGAUCGGCCAUUAGGUAUCACAUUCCACCCGAAACGCGACUUGAUUGCCGUACACGGCUCCGACAAAGCUGUAGAGAUAUUCCGGAUUCGCUCAGAGACAGAAGUCAGAAAAUCCCUGGCGCGAAAGCGAAAACGGAGAAAAGAGAAGGCGGGGACAACCGAUGCCGAUUCGGGGGUUGACGUCGGUGACGAUGUCGAAGACUCGACUGACAUGUCCCACGCAACAGCUGCGGACAUAUUUGUGCCUCAUGUUCUUAUACGUACGGGAGGCAAAGUCAGAUCGAUGGACUGGGCAGGGGGAAAGUCUGGCAAGUCGAUCCGGGUCCUGGUGGCCACUUCAAACAACCAACUCGAGCUCUUCGACGUCGCGGCUUCAGACAAGAAGAAAUCAUCUGAAGCUCCAGAGUACAACCGCGCUGUCACCGUCGAUAUGCCCGGCCAUCGUACAGACAUUCGCUGCGUUGCGCUUAGCUCAGACGACAGAAUGCUAGCGACAGCCUCUCACGGCAGCUUGAAGAUAUGGAACACACGGACACAGACUUGUUUGCGAACCCUAGACUGCGGUCACGCUCUUUGCGUGGCAUUUCUGCCAGGUGAUAAGAUCGUCGUGGUGGGGACACGAGAGGGUACACUUGAAGUGUUUGAUAUUGCCGCAUCAACACUGUUGGACACCAUUAACGCGCACGAGCGAGACAUCUGGUCUCUUCAGGUCAGCCCGGACGGCAAAUCCCUUCUCACUGGCUCUGCCGACAAAAGUGCCAAAUUCUGGCAGUUUCAAGUCAUCCAGGAAGAAGUUCUGGGGACAACGCGGAAAAGUGCAAAGCUCACUCUUGCCCAUACCCGGACCCUUCAGAUCAGCGACGACAUUCUAAGCGUCUGUUUCUCUCCCGACGAGCGACUCCUCGCCAUCAGCACGCUGGACAAUACUGUCAAGGUCUUCUUCGUGGACACGCUCAAGCUCUUCCUUACCUUAUACGGCCACAAGCUCCCUGUUCUAGCAAUGGACAUUAGUCACGAUAGCAAACUCAUCGUUACCUCGAGCGCUGACAAGAACGUCCGGGUGUGGGGCCUCGACUUUGGAGAUUGUCACAAGGCCUUUUUUGCCCACCAGGAUAGUAUCCUCGCCGUCAAAUUUGUUCCGAAUAACGACGAGGGGAACGGCCAUCACUUCUUCUCUGCCAGCAAAGAUAAAGUGAUCAAAUAUUAUGAUGCCGACAAAUUUGAGCAGAUCCAAAAGCUGGAGGGUCACCAGGGCGAGAUUUGGGCCAUGGCAGUGGCCCACUCUGGGGAGUUUGUUGUGACGGCGAGUCACGAUAAGAGCAUCCGCAUGUGGCAUCAGACGGAUGAGCAGAUUUUCUUGGAGGAAGAGAGAGAAAAAGAACUGGAGGAUUUGUAUGAGAAUACUCUUUUGACAUCCCUGGAGAAUGACGCAAAUGAGAUCGACGGUGAGGGCAACACGGACGGUCUGGAAGCAGGCCCGGCCGGCAAGCAAACCGCCCAGACGUUGAUGGCUGGGGAGAAAAUAGCGGAAGCACUGGAAGUCGGUAUGGAAGAUCUCGAAACAAUGCGAAUCUACGAUGAAGCAAAAAGAACGAAUCCGAAAGCCGCACCUCCACAGCGGAAUCCGAUAUUCCUUGCCAACAACAACAUAUCCGCAUCAAGCUAUGUGCUCAGCACUUUUCAAAAGAUACCCUCGGCGUCUCUCCAAGAUGCGCUGCUCGUCCUCUCGUUCUCUCAGAUUCCCGCGCUCUUCACAUUCCUGGCUCUCUGGGCUGAAGACGGCCGGGCCAUCCCCUUGGCUUGUCGGAUAUUGCUGUUUAUGCUAAAGACGCACCAAAAGCAGAUUGUGAGCUCAAGAGCCAUGAAGGGCAUGUUGGAGGAGGUGAGGAGCAAGUUUCGAGGGACGCUGACAAGGCAGAAGGGAGAGCUGGGGUUCAAUCUUGCGGGAUUGAGGGUAUUGGGGAGGAGGGUGAGAGAAGUAGCUGGGGAAACUGAAUAUGUCGACGAAGAAACAUGGCAAGAGAAUGAUGGCGCCGCUCUGGGCAUGAUCAGAGGGAAAAAGAGGGAGUUUGUGAACAUUGCCUAG